UCACCUGGUUGAUUAUAUCUUCUAUUCUGUCUUCCGCGCGCGUGUGUGUGUGUUUAUAUACAUAUAGAGAUAUACACGUUUAUAUCUACCCUCUGCGUGUUUUCUCUCUCACACACACACACAUAUAUUUAUAUAUGUUUGUGUGUGGUGUGCUGCUCAACACUACAUCAUCCACACACAUCAGUUUCACAAAGUUUAACACUCCCUUAUAUAUAUAUAUAGACACAUGUAGCAUACCACCUGUAGUCUAGAUUUACUCCCUCCUAUUUCUUGUUUAUUGGGCAUUCACGGCCAAAAAACCUUAACUGAUUAUUAUUUGUUCCUUCUUAUUGGUGUUGUCAUUUUCUUUUCUUUUUUUUUGUUUGGUUCUUUAAUAUUUCUAAUUAUUAAUUUGUAUUAACUUCUACUUGCCAUCAUUGCUGUUUCAUUAACUGCACGACACAAAGUAGUUUAGUUAAAACACGUCUAACAUACAUACACGUACACAAUAUACAUAUAUACACUGUCGUAUCUAUACACAUGUAUAUUUAUACAAAAAAAAAACACAUAGACGCAACAUCUACCUAUCUCUAUAUUAUCCGUGUUGAGCUAUAAAUACUUAUACAUAUGUGUUUAUAACUUGUACAAACUUAACAAAAAACAUCCCAGUAUAUUAACCGGAAUUUUCAGUAAGUUUUUGUUCGUUUAUUUGAGCUUUUGAACUCUCGCGAAGUAAGGUGUGUCUGUGUGCGAGUGUAUACAUACAUUCAUACAUAAAACAUCUAUAAAUAAACAUAUAUAUUAUAUAUGUUUAUGUAUAUAAAUGCGUGUCUGACAAAAAACUUUCGAUUUCUAAGUUGCUUUUCCUUUCUCUUCCUUCAAUACUUCAAUUUCAUUCCUACCUCCUUUGUUGUCCGCCUCCCUCUGUAUUUAUAUAUAUAUAUUAUCUAUAUAACAUCUAUAGGUGAACUAUACAAUAACCUCGCCAUUUCUACAUUAAAUAUACACAACUGUUAAUGACUGAAGAGGAUCGUGUUCUGAGAAAUGUUCUACUCGAGUCGUCGGAUAGUGAUAGUCGCACCUUGCUGGUGGCCAACGCCAACGGAGGUACAGUACCCGAAAUUGCCGACUUAGACGUUGAAGUGGCGUUCGCAACGAGUGCGCACCGGCCUGCGGGGCCGGGCGGGACCUGCAGUACGGGACACCCGAGGUCGCCGACCCGCGGUACGGGCAACAACGAGAGCUCGCCGUUGCUCAACCGAGUGGAGUACGAGUACGGCUUGUUCGGUAAUUACUUCGCAGAUGACUUGGAAUUCAAUGACUGUAUCCGACAGGCUGAAGUAGCCAUAGUCCAGGGCAACUUCCCCGAAAGAAUCUACCAAGGAUCGAGUGGCAGCUAUUUCGUUAAAAACGCCGAUACAGAUCCGAAAAUUAUUGGAGUCUUCAAACCCAAAGAUGAAGAACCGUAUGGUCAUCUAAACCCUAAAUGGACCAAAUGGAUGCACAAAUUAUGUUGUCCGUGUUGUUUUGGGCGGAGUUGUUUGGUUCCCAACCAAGGUUACUUAUCAGAGGCUGGAGCUAGCUUGGUUGACCAGAAAUUAAACCUUAAUAUUGUUCCGAAAACGAAGGUGGUAAAAUUAGCAAGUGAAACUUUUAAUUAUACAGCAAUUGAUAAAAUGAAAGCUAGAACCAAGAAAAAUAUAAUGAACCGGGUUCCUGCAGUGGGUCGACACUUCCACAGAAUUGGUUUACCUCCAAAGGUUGGAUCCUUCCAGUUAUUUGUCACUGGCUAUAAAGAUGCAGACUACUGGCUGCGAAAGUUUGAUAACGAAGCCUUACCUGAGUCCACCUCAGUGCACUUCCAGAACCUCUUUGAACGACUCGUUAUUCUAGAUUACAUAAUCAGAAAUACAGACCGAGGGAAUGACAACUGGCUAAUAAAAUAUGAGACUGCUGCUGCAGGGACACCUGACGAAGGCUGGGACAUGAUAGAAAACCCCCGGAUAUCAAUUGCUGCUAUUGAUAAUGGCCUCGCAUUCCCUUUCAAACAUCCCGAUGAAUGGCGGACCUAUCCCUACCACUGGGCCUGGUUGUCUCAAGCAAAGAAGCCUUUCUCUCAGGAAAUAAAGGAUCUUGUAUAUCCAAAAUUGGAUAGUGCAGAAUUCGUCCAAGGAUUGUGUGAAGAUUUGUAUGAAUUAUUUCGGCAUGAUAAAGGGUUUGAUAAAGCAACAUUUGAGAAGCAGAUGUCAGUGAUGAGAGGACAGAUAAUAAAUAUACAACGAGCUCUACAAAAUGGCAAGUCUCCUGUAGAAUUAGUUCAAAUGCCUGUGGUAACGGUGGAGCGAACAUCAAACCUGGUUGGUUAUCCUCGAUUUACACAAAGUUUUGCUCAUAGGGCACCGUUCUUUUCUUGGUGCUGACAUGACUCAAUGUUGCUGUCAUCAUUUGGUGUUGCUGUCAUCACUUGGCAUCUCUGUCAUUGCUAAGUGAUGCUGACAUCACCUGAUGUCACUCAUCACCUGGUAUCAGCCGCCGCCUGGUUUUCUUGCUACUAAACAGGUACAGGUGAUGUUUUUCAUCAACUGUGAAAUUCUGACAUUACCAGGUGAGGUGGUGGUUGUCAUUACCAGGUGUGGCUGUCAUCAAUUGCUAGGUGAGGCUGUCAUUAUCACCUGGUGUUCCUGUCAUCACCAGGUGAUAUUAUUGCUGUUCUUUCCUUUGUUAUUCUUUCACAACACACCGUUUUUUUUUAUUUAUUUCCCUUUGUUUCUUCACCCCCACCCCCACCCCAUCCACACACCUUUUUUUUUUCAUUUCUUUAUUUUUUAAAUAUUAUAUUUGUUAAUUUCUCUGUCAACUCCCAUCUGCACAACUUCUCUCUCUCAUACAUACAUACAUACAUACAUACAUACACACACUUUUGUCUUAUAUUCUUCUUUCUUUAUAUAUAUUUCUUUCUGUUUAUCAUUGGAUUUUUUUAAAAUAAUAAUAAUAAUAAUGAAUUCUUUUAAAAUGAUUUCACAUUUAUUAUUAAUUUUAGAGUUUUAAAGAAAACAUAAAUAACAAUGAUUAUAAUAAUAAUAAUAGAGGUGGAAUGUUCUCAAAGUGCUGUGUCUGUUUGAAGAGCCUUAUGGUGUUUAGUUUUGUUCUGAAAUUCUCUUUGAUUUCAGAAUUCUAUCCAGUUUGACGUUUUCAUUUGUGUGUGUGUGUAUGUAUGUGUGUAGGAUUGGAGCCUUGAAAAGGACCAAUGAAAAUGGUGAAUUUGUAAAGUAAAAUUUACCUCCUGGCUGUCAAAAAAAGAAAAUUGUUAUGAGGCACAGGGUCAACUUUUAGAGGGAAAUACAUGAUUUUAGUGGGAGGAAGAGGAGGAGGAGGAGCUGUUAGUUUCAUUGCAACACCUCUUCCUUUCACCUCUAUCAUAUUUCUGUUUCAACAGUCCCUGACACUGCCACUCUUUCUGUCCUCCUUUCUUUGUUGUUCUGUAUAAGUCACCAUAAUAGGAGGAAGCAGUCGAGAAAUGGAGCAUGUGUUAACACUAAAAGGUACCACUAGUGGGUGCUGUUGACUUCCCCUUCUGUCAUGAAUGCACUCAGGUAAAAUGAAAAUAACCCAAGGAAACGCACACAAUUACUUCAAGUAAACUACAAGGGUAGGUGCACUAAGUACACAGGAUUAUGACUAACAUUAUGACUAACAUUAUGACUAACAUUAUGAUGGUGGCAAGCUGUCAGAAAAUUGUUGAUGUAAUUGGCUUGGCCUCCUCCCUUCAAAAUUGCUAGCCUGUGUGCCUAAAUUAGAAUUAUUAUUAUUAUUAUUAUUAAGGUGACAAGUUGAUAGAAUCGUUAGUGUGAGUCCAACAACAUGCAUAGCAGUAGUUCUUUGGGCUCAAAUUCUUCCGAGGUCGACUUUGCCUUUCAUCCUCCCAGGUUCAAUAGAAUAAAUACCACUUGAAUCCUGGGAUUGAUGUGAUCAACCUCUUUUAAAUUGCUGACCCUUGUGCUUAAAUUAGAAUUAUUAUUAUUGCAGUAGAUUGGCAGAAUAAAAGUAUUGGACAAAAAAUAUUUUGUGAUAUUCAGUGAUGGCCCUUUACUUAUUGACUAAGGCCAAUUACGUCUUUCAUCCUUCUAGGGUUCAAUUCCCAGCAACAUACAUACUGGUGCUGAUUUAAUUGACUCUUUCUCUUUCCCAAAUUUUCUGGCUUUGUCUUUGUUUAAAAAAAAAAAAAAAUUAUUUUGUUAUGACUACGAAAGUUGGGGAUUUGCAGAAGCAUUGAGUAAAAUACCUUGUGGUAUUUACAUUCCUUUUAGAGUCUGGCUCCAAAUCAUAAGCUAAAUAUUAAUCCACCAGCAAGGGAGACAGAUGAGGGUAUCGGUGAUACCCAACAGAGAGGAAGACAGACGAUAUUGUCAAUGAUGCGAAUAACUACAGAGAAUGACGGCAUUUAGCAAUAGUGUAGAGAGAGAGAUGACACAGGUAAAUGAGGAAAACCGGGGGAUAUUAUUAACGACACUAGGUCCCUAAACUGUCUAACCUUGUGCCUCUUACAUUCAUUAUGAUUAUUAUUUCUUUUUUGUUGCAACAUUGGGUGAUUUUUUAAAAAAUAUUUUUUUCUUUUUCCCCUUUCUUCUCUCAUUUCUCCUCUCUGUUAUAUAUAUAUAUAUAUAUAUAUAUAUAUGCACACUUUAAACUUCUGUUAUAGAAAUGAAAUAAAUAAACAAACACACACGCAACAUAAUAUAUAUACACAGACAUGCAUAUACACCCAUGCACGUACAUACAAAUAUAUUUAAAAUAAAAAUAUUCAUAAAACUUCA